UCUUCAGUUGAGAGUUGGCUGGACGAGGGAGCGGCGCAGCGGAGCUCAGGACCCCAGAGACCAGGACCCCAGAGACCAGGACCCCAGAGACCAGGACCAGGAGACCCGAGUCCUCGUUGAGCUUCAGACACAAACAGAGUUUGUUUGUUUGUUUGUUGAACUUCCUGUAGCCCGCGAGCUAACAGCUAGCUACCUGCUCCCAGUGACGUCAGGUGAAGUCGGACUCGAGCCGCAGGUGUGUUGCCUUCAGGAGCGUCGGACAGAAGAAGAAGAUGAGUGGAGGACUGAACAGCAUCGAUGCCGUGAAGAAGAAGAUCAAAGUGCUGCAGGAGCAGGCGGAGGAGGCCGAGGACCGAGCUGUGCUCCUGCAGAAGGAGGUGGAGAAGGAGAAGAUGGCCAGAGAGGAGGCGGAGGCCGAGGUGACGUCUCUGGGCCGCCGGCUGCAGCUCAGUGAGGACAACGUGGAGCGAGUCCAGGAGAGACUCUGCUCCACCCUGAGCAAGCUGGAGGAGGUGGAGAAGAGCUCUGAUGAGAGCGAGAGAGGCAUGAAGGUCAUCGAGAACAGGGCCCUGAAGGACGAGGAGCGGAUGGAGACGCUGGAGGUUCAGCUGAGAGAAGCCAAGCUGAUCGCUGAGGAGGCCGACCGCAAGUAUGAGGAGGUGGCCCGUAAGCUGGUGAUGGUUGAAGGUGAACUGGAACGAGCUGAAGACAGAGCAGAGCAGGGAGAGAGUAAGGUUCGGAGGUUGGGGGAGCAGUUAAGGAGUUUCGACCAAUCGCUGAAGAGCCUGCAGGCGUCUGAGGACAAGUACUCCCAUAAAGAAGACCGGUAUGAGGAGGAGAUCAAGAACCUGAGCAACAAGCUCAAGGAGGCUGAGAGCAGAGCUGAAGCUGCAGAGCGCUCCGUGGCCAAACUGGAGAAGACCGUCGACGGGCUGGAAGACGCUUUGACUUCGGCCAGAAACGCCAACAUGGAGCUUCAGACGACUCUGAAUCAAACUAUGGAGGAGCUCAACUCCUGCUGAAGCUCCUCCUCCUCCUGGAGGUCAGGGAGACAGGGUCAACCUCUGUGGCCAAACACCCCCCCUUAAUCAUUCCUGCUUUCACACGCUCCAUUGGGUGUGUUUCAUUAAGCCCCGCCCCCCCCCCCCCUCUUGAUCAUUCCCUCUUUCACACGCUCCAUUGGGCGUGUUUCUUUAAGCCACGCCCCCUCAGUAUUAUGUGCGCUCUGUAUUGUCUCUCAGGGAGUUGAACAGACUCGUGAACUAAGAGCUCCUUCAGUGUUGUUACCUGUCCAUUAGAGCAAUGAUGUCACAGCUCAUUGUAAUAAAUGACAGGAAGCGACAGGAUUUUAUAAAAUAAAAGCACCGCCACUGGUUUGUAGAUCAGAA